GACACUGUUAAGAUAUUCAUACGUACUAAACUAUAUUCUAAAUUGCAUUUAGAUACAGUAGAAAUAGAUUCUAAAUCUUCGAAAAAUCAAUGUAAAUUAAUUACAGGCAAUAAAAUAUAUGAUGUAUAACUUCUUCAAGUAACGGAAAGUUAUUCUAUCAGUACAGUACAGCCUAUACAAUAAGCAAAGAGUCGCAGUUGCACAUGCCCCACCCAUACGCUAUCACCACGGUAACCAAAGGGAAUGCUUAUAUGGACAAACUAGACUGGUUCAGGAAAUAUGUCUACUGACAACUAUCCUACGGAAAGAUAAAUAAUGUUAUCAUGGAAUUGAAUCCAAGGACUAUGUGUGAGAAUUGUCUACGGAGACAAUUCACCUAUGGAAAUGGACCAAUACUUCCACCGCCUAGACAUAUCCAAAGGCUACCUACCUGUGCCUUAAGCCCGGUCUCUCAACGACUAAGAUGGAUCACUUCUCAUAGAAGAAGACUUCUUUUAUCCGAAUAUGGAGAUUGGCCAGUCGAUAUAGAAGAAGAAUCAGGAGGAGGAGAAUCGACUACAAAUGCUGCGAGUAGUAGCAAUCCUGAUGUUCUAGUUAUUGUCGGAAUUGUUCUAGGUACGUUAGGUACUUUAGUGACUAUCAUAGCUGCGUGCGUACCUUUUGAAAAUUCAGAAGUUCAACCAUUAAUUCUGGGGAUAGGACCAUCGUUCAUCGGUAUCGGAGUACUUUUCUGUGCACUGAGAUUAUUGUACUGCCGAAAUUUAUUGAAUACGUCUUGUUGCCGUUGGUUAAAAGAAUUAAGGCCACUAAAAAACGCCAUAGGACCUUCGGACGAUUUACUUAUUAACUGGUCAAAUUAUAGACCUAGUGGAUGGAUGACCGACGAUCCUUUUGUCGCAAGAUCGGGAGCUCAAAGUGCCACUACAUUAAAGUCUUGUCUUCGAAAAUCUAAAAGUGAAAAAGAAACUGAUUCAAAUGUCGAAACGACGAACAAUAAUGUGCCUAACACUAGUGAAAUUCAAAAAGAAGAAGGAACUUCGGUACCCGAAACGUAAUUUGUAAAUAUAUACCAGAAUACAGAUUUGAUUAAAAUAUAAUAAUAAGGAUAUCAUAUCGUGUUGACUAUACCAUGUUUUAUUAAAAUGAUAUCAGAAGAAUGAAAAACGGAUCCAUGUGCCAAGAUAAAGCAUC